GCAACUAUGAAAAAUAUUUUGAAAUUUUUCUUUUAAUUUAAACUUUUGAAUAAAAUACACUAAAACAAAUAAAUCAAUAAAAUACACUGAAACAAAUAAUAAUUACACUGCGACGCAAAUAAAUAUUUAAAUCAUAUUAUACAACAGAAUUCUUUGACAAAACAACGCGUAGAGGUCUAUAUUAUGGCCGAUGAAAAUCCGCAAAAUCGAGACGAAGGUAAGUGCCCUCAAAAUGGUGUGAAAUGGAAGGAUCUAAUGUCCACGCUCAUAAUGGAUCGGUUGGAAGCGUCAUUCGGCAACUGUAGGGACGAUGAAUUGCCACAAACAAUGGCGCAAACGACACAAAAUAUGACUAACAACUGUGAUGAAUGUCAGCAAUGUAACACCAGUGGAGGAGAAUCGUCUAGUACAAAAUAUUUCGAUUCAGUGUGGAAUGAUGAUACUUGUCACCAGCACUCGACUACCGACCAUGACUCAGUAGCCUGCACGUCACUGUUGAAUGGUUGCUCUACUGAUGGAUUUCUCAAUGGAAACAAUAGUUGUUGCAAAUGCAAUAUGAAACCUCAAUUAUAUUCUGAAACCAAUCAUUUGAAUAGUAAAGAAUCAAUCUCAGAAAAAAUUAAAAAAAAUGAAACUGCGAACAUACAGCAACAAGUGGAGAUUUUUAGAAAACGAGUAGAAUGUAUGUUAAAAAUGAACUGUCAACUACAAUCUGAACUUAAAAAAACUAUUCGAACAAAUCUAUUAAUGGAACAAUAUAUUUCUUGGCCAUAUGCUGUAAAUAAUGGCAAGGUUGAGUUUCCUGGCAGAAAUGAUUUGGACCAACGGUUCGAUUGCUUGUCCGAGGAGUUAAAAAAAAUACGAAACGAUUUGAAACCCAUUCAAAACGACAAAUAUAUUGUCAGUAAAUUGGAAAAAAUACUACAUAUACCAUUACCGGGAUGUUUAAAUAUUUGUAAUAAAUGUGAAUAAAAAUUGAUA